GACAUCUUCCCUCGGGCCAGGCGGCAGCAGUCACCAUGAAGGUCGAGCUGUGCAGUUUCAGCGGGUAUAAGAUCUACCCGGGACACGGGCGGCGCUACGCCAGGACCGAUGGGAAGAUUUUCCAGUUUCUUAAUGCAAAAUGCGAGUCCGCAUUCCUUUCCAAAAGGAAUCCUCAGCAGAUAAAUUGGACUGUCCUCUAUAGAAGAAAACACAAGAAAGGACAGUCAGAAGAAAUUCAGAAGAAAAGAACUCAUCGAGCAGUCAAAUUCCAGCAUGCCAUCACGGGUGUAUCCCUUGCUGAUAUCAUGGCCAAGAGGAAUCAGAAACCUGAAGUCGGGAAAGCCCAGCAAGAGCAGGCUAUCCGGGCCGCCAAGGAAGCAAAAAAGGCUAAGCAGGCAUCCAAGAAGACAGCAAUGGCUUCAAAACAGCACCUAAACAAAAAAUUGUGAAGCCUGUGAAGGUCUCCGCUCCCCGAGU